AUGGAUUUGAUCUUUCAACCCACAAGAGGCAGGUCAUUCUCCAUUGAAAUAGGUUAUUUUGAUACCGUGCUUGAGAUCAAAGAGAAGAUCCAAAAGCACCAAGGAAUCCCCAUUUCUAAACAAUCCUUAAUCUUCAAUGGCGACGUUCUCAAUGAUGAACUCAAUGUCCACUCCUCAGAAAUCCUUGAUCGCUCUUGCAUUCAACUUGUCGUGGCUUCUGAUCCCGAAAAACUUAAUACUAAUAAUACUUGUGCUACUAACAAUGUUGUUAAAUUGGAACACGAGUUUUCAUUGUCGCCCUCCUCCAAGAAAAUCCAGCUUCUCGUCAAGAUGCCAGCGUCCAAACUUGGUGUUGCGGUGGAGAUGGACGUCAAUGACAGUAUCAGAAGGCUGAAAGAGAAGAUUCAUGAGAUGGAAGGCAUUCCGGUUGGCAGGUUAAUCAUUCAUGCAGGAGCAGGCGGUGUUGAAUUGCAAGAUCAUCGAAGUCUAGUUGAAUGUGAGCUUUUUGAUCACUCAGAAAUUGAUGUUAGUAUUAGGCCAUCAUCGUCUACGACUUCAUCAGGAUCGUCGGUGGGGAAUUCCAGUGGAUCGAAGAAGAUGAAGAUUAUGGUCUUGACAAAGUGCGGAACGAGGAAGAUCCCUGUGGAAGUGAGCCCUUCUGAUAAUGUUGGACAACUCAGAAACGAGCUUCAAAAGUUAAACCACAACCUGGAUUUGAAUCUUCCACAAGAAGGAUAUUUCUUCAUUUACAAACAAAAUGUGAUGGAUGAUGAUCGAUCAUUUAGAUGGCACCAUGUCGUUCAAGGAGAUACCAUUGAGAUCUUCAAUGGGAGCAUUUCAGGUGGAUUGUGA